UCUAGAGCCGUCUGCACCCUGCAGUCUUCACGUCAGUUUUUGAAAGCAAAAGCAAAUAGCUCUACUAGACAAGUUGGUUUAAAUUUCUGUCAGUUUUUGUUUGUAACAGAUUUGUAGCUGCUAUACAUUAAACAUGAACAAUUCACGCCAGUUUGGGGGUAGUCCGUAUAGCAACAAUAACUCGGAAAUUAUGUGCCGGAUUUGUCAUGAGGGAGAGAGCAAAGAAGAACUCUUUUCUUUCUGCAAAUGCUCUGGAACUGUUGCUAUGGCUCACAGGUCUUGUCUAGAGAAAUGGCUGUCAACUGCCAACUCGUCAGCUUGUGAAAUAUGUAAAUUCAAUUUUCAAACCUCACGAAGGCCAAGACCCAUCCUUGAUUGGUUUCGUAACACAGAGUCAUCUCAAGACACAAAUAAUUUGAUUGGAGACUUGGUGUGCUUCAUUGUUCUCAGUCCUCUUACAAUUGUCUCCUGUUACCUCUGUGUGGUUGGGGCUUCCCAUUAUAUGGUGAAGAGAGGUGUCAGUUGGGAAGCAUCAGGCUUGAUUGUUCUUUCAGUGAUCCUUGCCACUGUCUACUGUGUCUGGCUUGGAGCCACCAUCAGACAUCACGUUCGCACAAUGAAAAAAUGGCAAGAGAGUCACCAGUCUGUUGAAUUGAUUUCAGUCAGGACCACAAUGAUUAAUUUGGAAGAAAACAACAAUGACUGCCCUCCAAUCAACCUUCAGCAGUCAAUGUAGCAGGGACAUAUUUUUAAAAUUGAAGAAUGUACCUCAUGCAUAAUCUCUUUAAUACCCUGCAAGCCAAAUCGUUUCGUCUCACUCAAACUGCCUUACAACCUUGCCCAAAUUUUAAUUACAUUUUAUUGUGGUAAUAAUAUUAUGCCAGAUGUUUGUACAAAUAUUAUGUUCCCUUGAUUUUCAGUUGUGUUCCUGUCAAUACUCUAAAACAAGUUACAGGUCACUAUUUGUUUAUUUUGUAUUGAUAAAACAAAAGAUAUACACGCGUUCCUCCAGAGAUUAAAA